GCACCACUACAAAACCGUUCACAAGGUUCAGUAAACACGUAUCUUCCAUUUGCUCAGGAAUAUUCAGCUUCUGAUCGACGAACAAUCCACGUACAACCGUCACUUCGUCAAGUGUCAAGAUCGAGACCGUCUCUUCUCCCUAAUUCCCUAAUUUAUUGAAUUAAUAGCAACAAAAAAUGCCGGCAGCUCCAAGUGCGACUUCUGUGGGCUCUGGAGGUAAAUCUCCUAGUCGAGCUGUUGCUGCACCCCGGACCAGUGGCUCUGGAACUGUCAGACAGAGGAAAACAACAGUUGCAACAUCCGCCAGGAACAGGAACACAGGCACCAGCUCCGGAGGCAUGUGGAGAUUCUACACUGACGACUCACCUGGAAUUAAAGUUGGACCAGUGCCAGUGCUCGUGAUGUCUCUCCUGUUCAUCGCCUCAGUCUUCAUGCUCCACAUCUGGGGAAAAUACACAAGAUCUUAAAGCUAAAAUAAUUCCUGAAGACUGUGUGAAGUUAAAUGUCUGCAUUCAGCACCGAGUGCAACUAAAAAACCGAAUUGGUGGAUUGAAUCCCUGCAUUUGUUUCCAAGUGAUUCUGCCACGGCAUCAGUGAAUGUCGUGAUCCCCAAAGCAGAUUUUAUUUAAAUUCAUUAACUUAAUUAAUCACAUCAACCGUAAACUCAGCAUUUUUAUAUGUCACCGUAUAAUUUGAUAAUAAAUCAAUAAUUCUGUUAA